CUAACACUCUCGAGUCAUUCGUUAAAAUACCUGGCAAGACCAAAUCUUUGCUCGUUGAAGAUGUAUCUAAGUCGGACUCAAUUUUGGAGGCUAUCUUUCAACGUAUUGACUCUCUUGGUGAGAAAAUAAUCGAAAAACCCACAUCAAGCGCUUGCUGUUGUGUUUCAUCCAAAGAAAAGAGUCAGAGUUUAGCGACGGAGUCUUAUUUGAUGACGGCUAGAAAUGUGGCUACUCUUAAGUCAUGCACAUCUUUACUUGCUAUUAGCCAGAAUUCAUCCAUCAUAAUCGAAGAGGGAGAGGGAGCAAGCUGCAAAGUGUAUUGCAGUGUAUGCAGGGCUGCAUUUGGAUUGCAGGGGAAAUUUGACCAUGGCAGAGUAAUGGAAUCUUCAAGGGAAUUCUGCCGUGGCUUCCGUGUUGAGUCGACUGAACUUUUGUCCUCGGAAACUCAGCGCAGAAAAUUCUAUAGCAUCCGUCGAAAAAUUGUCGACCAUCUUCUCGGUGCAUCAUCAAGUGGCGACGCUCACAUUCAAGCUGUUCUUGAUUUUAAGAAUAAAACGGAGGAGCAAAGCCGAGUACAGAAAGUUGCGGUCUCUCAUGUGUCUGCAGCCUUGGCAUGCAUCAAGAUGAAGUCGGCAGGAGUGAACUAUGAGAAUAUCAUAGCACUCCUAGCGGGUCUCGGUGUGGAUGUGGGGACACUCCAGCAUUCUCGGUAAGCAAUAUUCUUUUUGCUUAGGAAAUCAUUUUGCAGCAUUCAAAAUUCAGCUUAUUUAUAACUAAGCAGUGUUUUCUCCAACCUUAAUAAAUAUAUAAUUAUUGAAGUAACAUUUUAGGCCCCUUUUUUCGUGAACCAUUAUUUCAAUCAUAAGAUGUGUUUUUGAGCUAAAUGCAUUUCAUCUAAGAAAAUAUCAUUUGAAGUAGUGGAAAGUAUUCGAAAUAAUAAUAUACGAGUAAAAUCUCUAAACUUGCAGCAAACAAGUGAAGCCUCUUUGCGAAGCUUUACUUGGUCAGUGUCGCCUAGGUAU